UAUAGCUGUAUCGUGCAAAGAAAUCCAUAAAGUUGGCUGAACGAGGGCGUUUUUUGUUACUUCGUGGUCAGAGCAGAUCGUCUCCCUCAGAAUCGCCCGCCAUUCGAGAUGGUUCGACGAGCACGCGCUCUCCGCGCCAACUUUUAGUUCGGGCCUAUUAGAGACGCGUCGUCGACGAAAAUAACUCACAAAAGGAUGUAGACUUGAAAUGAUCUGUGGUGAGAGAGUCUGAAGGUAUCCAGAUGACUUAUUAACUCCCAUGGCCGGUAAAAAGAAGCAGUGUGCAAUGGUGGUUCAUGAAGAGGGCAUGGCUGCCCCUACACUGGUACCUCCACCAGCACCUCCACCUACCUCGGCAGCUGCCCUUUUUGUUGUACUUAAACAGGUGCAUCCUGGUGAAAGUGUGCAGGACAAGGCUAGUUUGUUGGCCAUUAGUGAGGCAAAUAAUAUGGUGAAAUCUACUAUCAGUUCAGGUGCAACAGGCAUCAAUUCAACAUCAUCCACAUCACCUUCAGACACCAGCACACAUCCAGAGAACUUACCAGCAGAUACUAGAUGUAAGGGCAUCACAGUUACACUGGACAACAACAGUAUGUGGAAUGAAUUUAGUAGGUGCCAGACUGAAAUGAUUUUGACCAAGCAGGGUCGAAGGAUGUUCCCUUGCUGCCGCUUUCGUCUCUCUGGUAUGGAACCUUUCCAGAGUUACUUGCUGGCAAUGGAUAUUGUUCCAGUCAAUAAUUUCAGAUACAAAUGGAGUGGCAAAGGAUGGGAGCCUAAUGGGAAGGGGGAUCCCCAUGUUUCACGCUUGUUUGUGCACCCAGAAUCUCCUGCUACAGGCCUGCACUGGAUGCAAUGCCCUGUUUCAUUUUACAGACUGAAGCUUUGCAACAACACUUUGGACCAGGAGGGCCAUAUUAUUUUACACUCAAUGCACCGGUACCUUCCUCGACUUCAUAUCAUACCAGCUGACAAAUCCACUGGUGACAUUCAUAUAGACAGGCCAGAGGUUAUUACUCUCAGUUUUUCUCAAACAGAGUUCUUUGCAGUCACAUCUUAUCAAAACCUGCGCAUCACCCAGCUCAAAAUUGACUACAACCCGUUUGCCAAAGGUUUUAGGGAGGAUGCAGUCAAUGCUCGGUCUACGAAGGCCAAGAAUGGAAUAUUCACUGAAGAAACAGAGAAUGAGCUUAAGCUAAGCAAGGAGACUACUACCUUGAAUAAUUUAAGGAGUUUGUUUAUGAAGAGAAGUGCUGCUGCAAAAGUUGUUAAGGAUCAGAAUGUUCCCAGCCCAACAAACGAUGAGAGGAAAGUUGUUAAUGGCGAUGCUCUCGUGGUGGAAAGAGAUAAUAGUACUAAGAAGCGCCCCUUACCUGGAGCAUUUUCAGACUUCCUUAAAGGUGCUCAUGUAAAAGUCAAAAGGUUAACGCUGGAGAAUAUCCAGAAAAAUCUCAACUUGCAGACAGACACAUCUUGCAGUAGUGGAAAACAGGAGGUGUUGAAAGUAUCAUCCAAACCAGAAAAUGUAUUACAAGUUGGGGAAACUGUUAUGGAUGACAAUCACCAAUGUAACAACACAGACACAUGCUCAAAAGUAGAGUCAAUACAAGUAGAUGAGAAUAAAAUGAUAAUAGAUGAACACAAAAAUGACAAGAUUACAAUGGUAUCCAGUGAUCAAAAAGUACGAGAAACGGAUGAAAACAGAAUGGAAAACCUUCCUUCACUGGACAGUGAGACCAAGCCUGAAGCAAAGACAAACAAAACCUUGCCACACAAACGACCAGAACCUGUACCACUACCUCUUUUAGCUCAGUUUCUAAAACAGAGACAGUCUAAAACCAGAUCUAUCACCCCAAAACCCGAAGCUCCCUUGAACUCUAAACCUCACUCAACCCCUGAAAGUUCAACUGACUUGAUCUCUUACACUCCUUCUGCAAACACACACAUAGAAUCACAACAGUUGGUUACCUCAUUAUCUCAAACAGUUACAUCGUCAUCAUCAACAGCAGGUGCCAACAUGUCAUCUACGUCCACUACUUCAUUAUCAACCACUAUUAUUGCAGACCCAUUUAUACAAGUAGAAACACAAAAACCUUUACAAAUUCCAUCAUCUCCAUCUGUCAGUGAUCCAUUCCCUCUCCCCAACACUACCUCUCCUGUUAAACUUGAUGAUGAUCGAGAAAUGGACAGUAUUUCCAGUAUAUUUGGUAGUGCUGAUGGUGAUUCUAUGCAAGGUCUUGACAACAUUGUUUGUCUUGACAUUUCAUCAGUUUUUCCUUGUGAUGAUAUGCCUGACACUCAUUCUCCCACCAUUCCUGAUGAUAACACAGAUGCUAUCACUCCAGGUACGCCCACUGUCACCACAUACAACUUCGGUUUCGAUGUUUCACCUAGUAAGAACAGUGAGGUUAUUACUGGAGUUAUUCCCAACCAGGAACUUACUCCAGAACCUCAAGUGGUUGCGAAUAAAUCCGUUUCUGAUGUCCUAUUUGAGAGCUCCAAUGGUUUGAGUCCUGAGCUUUUACCACAAGAUGUCCCUCCAGAUACUCUGUCCACACAUGAUGAAUCCCUUUCCCUGCCAUUGGAUGAACCAUCUUCUCCAGCCUUUUCGUUACCUAGCCCAGCUCCUUCCUCACCUGACCCUUUUCCACCAGAUCUGUUUGGUGACAGGGUUGUACCACCCCGAAAGACCCUUGAUUCUUUCCCAGAAAGGCUACUGGAUUGCACUGGCAUACCCUCUUCUGACCUUUUCACACUAGGUUUAUAUGGUGAUAUACCUGAACUAACUAGAAACCCACUUGAAGCAGGGUUGUUGAAUGAACAAGUAGUUUUAACAGAUUUAUCUCCCAGGGAAUCAGUUAAUUUGUUCCCUGAAAGACCAUGUUCUGAUAAACCAGAUUCUGUUCAUGACAUUCAGUCAGCUGUUGAACCCAACUGUGAACCCAGUGAAACCACUGUUUCUGAACAUAUUGUUUCUGAGAUAACAAAACAGUCAUCUCAUGGAAACACAAAGAAAUCCAAGAAAAACCAGAAAAAAAUAGGAAAGUUGAAACACAUUGAAGACGAUGAAGUGUUUGAAAGACCUGCACCUGCCCCAAUGCAACCUAGCCUGGAGGAUGUGGAGGGACAAUUAUUUGUCUCAUUCAUGUCAAAGACAGCUCUUGAGAUUCACCUUGGAGAUGAUGCCAAAAAAGAGGUGGUGCAGAAAACAUUUGAAAAUUCAGAAGGGGGAAAUAGUGGAACUUUAGAGGAAAAGAUUAAGAUGCUUGAGAAAGAACUUUUAAAUGAUCUGCAACUGAUGAAGUACAGACAAGUCAUUCAUCCAGUGCUGCAAGAAGUUGGAUUGAAAUUGAAUUUGCUUGACGUCACCUUGGAGAUUGACCUGAAAUAUCUGGGCGUGCAAUUACCUAUACCUCCACCUGUCCUUCUACCUAAAACAAGUUCAACAUCAUCACAGGACCAAUUUAUUUCAAGAACAGGGAAAACAACCGACUUCACCAAAAUUAAGGGUUGGAGGGAUAAGUUUGUUGUUUCAAAACCCCAGAAUGAAGGUGAAUCGAGUGUAGAUCCAGUGCAGAAUAACCUCUCUGCAUUCUGCAGUGACAUGCUGGAUGAGUAUCUGGCCAGCGAGGGCAAGCUAAUUGAUGAACGAGCUGCCAACUUGUCUCAAACUGACACCACACCUGUGGCGUACCAGCUACCCACCAAGAGCACUAGCUAUGUCCGUACCCUGGAUAGUGUCCUUAAAAAUAAAAAACAAGUACCUACCUCUUUAUCUUCCACAUCUAUAAAUCAACCUUCUACAUACAAAAAAGUCAAGACGAAGUCCAAAGUGACCAAGAAACCUAAAAAUGGAAUAAAAUCUAAUACAGGGAAGCAAAAUUUAAGUAUUACUAAACCAGUCAACAGUGGGGAAAAAUUCCCUGUAAGCUUGAAAAAGCCCCAACAAAGCAAGAAAUGCAAAGUUAAGAAGGAAUCAAAUAGUUUAAAUGCUAAAAAGCUUACUGAAGAGACUCCUGCAGCGGUGGCAUUUGAUAAAACUCCUAGGGUCGAGGUCUCUGGAUCACCAGCAGUGAGCUGCACAAAUGGACGCAGUCUUGGUUUGCCCAAGACCCUGGUGAAGCUGAUGGAUGUGGAAGAUGGAGCAGUGUGGGAAGGCAAACGUCGUACCUACAUCACAGAAGAAAGAGCAGCCAUUGCACUAACUGCUCUUGUCACGGUUGAGGGUGUUUCAAAAGGAAACCCUGAUGCCUUGAGGAUUAUUAAACGACGGGCGCCACCAUGCCUUAACGUCUUUUGCAGACUUGGCUGUGUGUGUGCCAGUCUGCUUCACAUGAGGCGCCAUCAUCACUGUGGCAAACCAGAGUGCAUGUUAGGCUGUAGCUGUCUGCGACGUAAAGUUGUUGCCUUGAAGAACCCCAAAGAGGAAGAAAUGACAACAAAGGAGCCUAUACAACCGGGACAGUCAGAGGAGAACAAGGCAAAAUGGAAGAAGAACAAAAUGAGAAAAACUUACAUUCUAACAGAUCCUAUGGCAGCACCUGAGCCGGCCAAGCGUGUCAAUAAAUUAUGGGAUCGAAAAGGAGAAGAUUUUGAUUCAGAAAUAGUUUUCUCCCCCCCUCCGCAAAGAAAUCCCAGUCCACUGCUCCUGACCAAAGAGCUACAAGAAGACCUGGAAAGCUCCUUCAGUCCCCAGAAAAAAAACAUGAUAACGGGGAGAAAUUUGAAUUUUGAGGAGGACAAUGAUAUGGAGAGCAGUCAGACUUGCUCUCGCGUUCGACCGUUUCUCUGGAAGUGUCAAAAUAAGCAAAAACCGCUGGUUGACCAACAUCAGAUCUCCCAGGCCCCUACACAAGAUAUCGAGGAGGGUGAGCUUGUACCUGCUAAUUUGUCUGGCCCUGUCAAGCGCCUUGAGAUCGUAUCCGAGUGCAGAUGGUCAAGUAUAAACAGUAGAAAUUUGGUUAUGAAAAGGGUGUGCGAAUACAUGGCUCAAGAUCGUUUGAAGAAACCUUUUUGGCUCGACAACUACUAUAUUCAGCCAGUUUCCAAGACAAUUCAGGGAACAGAAGAGGAGCCUGUCCACAUCUACAAAGUUAACAUCUCUCAGCCAACGGAGAAGGAUAAAGAUAAUGAGACAGUUUCACAAAGUGAAGAAGAGUCCAGACAGCCUGUCAAGAAGAAUGAGGUGAAAGGCCUACCCUUUCUUUCUAGGUGUUCACCUGCAGGCUUUCUCAAAGCAGAGAUGAAAACUCCUUAUGCACCGGGCCAAAUAAUGGUCAAUGGAAAGGUGUACCCACAAGCCAAGCUGGAACUGGGAAAGAUGGGGGCUUUGCACCCUGCCAAUAGACUGGCAGCUUACAUCACAGGAAGAUUAUGUCCAGUCAGUCAGUCUGGUUCUAGUGUAGUACCCACAGCACCCACUAAAAAUACCUCUACCACUGCUUCAAUAACUAGUGUGGCUGCGGUAACUUCAGUUACCAGCACAACUCCUUCUACAACCACAUUGCUCAAGACUGCAGUGACCAACCCCCCAGUGGGACCGGUCUUCACCCAGUUUGUGGUCAACCACAUCAACUCUCAAAACCUGUCCAGCACUAGCACUCCAAACUUGCAGCAUUCUCCUCCAAAAAUUGUCAUCCCCUCCUCUUUGUUGAUGGCUGGGGUUCCUAGUGUUGCGUUGUCUCCUCUUAAAGCAGGCCUGGCUACCCAGGUGUCUGAGACUUCAGACUCCACAGGUAGCAACAAUUUUCCCACUGUUUCAAAAGUCCAAGCCCCUCCUAAAAUCACCAUCAUCAAUAAAUCGCCCAGCGUGCCGUUGGGUGGGUCUAGCAUAACUCCAACAGUGGUCUCUCCAUCUGGAUCAUCUCCUACUUCUGGGAAAAAAGUUGUGAUUACAGUUGUGUCUCGUAAUAUAGCGCCAACUAGUAGUGGUUCUCAGAUGGCAAAGUCCGUCCCACAGGUUCCGCCUUCACAGACCCCAGGACAAAAGAUGGUGCUUCAGGUGGUGAAAACGGCUGAUGGCAACACAUUGUACCGUAAUGCCAAUGGUCAACUCGUUCAAUUGGUGCCUUUAAGUCAGCUCAAAUCCAUGAACUCCAGCAUCCUUUCUAAAGGUCCAACAGCAACUUUGUUCCACUUGCCAACACCUCAAGCAGUUUCUCCGAAUAAACCUCAGAGCGUCACAACUACCACAGUCACAUCAUCCAGCCCAACAAGCCUCACACAGCCAAAAACUAUAAUCACCGUACAAGCCCCUACAUCUCUGGGUGGCAAGACAGUCACGUUCACUGCACCCAAGUCAGUCUCGUUCAGCAGCCUUCCAUCUACCAUUAAAGUUGCCCCAAGUUUUCUAGGACAAACUGGCACUUGCACCUUACGAAUUCUCGCUCCAAAUGCCGUUAUAGACCCUGGAAAUGCCACUCCAACCUCUUCCUCUAUCCUCUCACAAGGUGGCUUUACAUUGCUCAAGCCUAUGAGUUCAACUCCACAGAACCAAGAGUCCCCAAAGACCGUGGUUUCAGCUACCUCAGAUUUAACAAACAGUCCAGCCAGUCAGGUCCAAGGAUUGGUUGACUUGAGUAAGCCACCCGAGAUGGUUUCUACUGUGAAUACCUGUGACAUUACCAAGAUGGCUGAGCAAACCGCCGAAAACGCAUUAGCGCUACCAUCCUCUGCCGCCACUUCUCCAAAACCCACACAGUGUUCUGGAAAUGGUUCUAGCUCUUUGCAUAGUGAGCCAGGACAACAAGAACAUUCUGGUUCGGCAGCAAAUCCCAGUUUGAAAGAAACCGACUUGGAUGCAGGAAAGGAAGAGGGAGGGAUCAGUUCAGAUGAAUCAGAAUUGACUGACGACUCUGACUUGUACAGUGAAGAUGACGAAGAUGACACAGACAGUGAUUCUUAUGUAGAGGACGUAGAUGCGGAUGUGGAUUCAGAGGUGAAAGAUCAUGCAGAGGUGGAGGUUGAUAUUGAGAACUUUGAAGAGUCUACAGAAAAGAUUAAUAUUGAACUACUAAGGAGAUCUGCCAGAAAGAAUAAUCCACUUCAAAGUAACCCAGAGGAUGUUAUUGAGAGAAAUAAGAUCAGGGUUCAUCAGGAGAGAGCGAGGCGCUGUUCUUUGAGAGAAUGCUUUCACAACCUUAACUUACAACUCAAGUAUCCUUCAGUGCCACGCUCCAAAAUGAGCAUCCUCACAAUGAGUCGAGAAGAGAUUGAAUCUCUAAUUCGGCAGGAAGGGCUGUUAAUGAAGAAAAAACACAAGUUGGAAAAAAAGAGAGACCGAUACCUACAGAUGCUUUCCAUGUUGUCUGACAAGAGUGUACAAUCCAUCAGCGAGAAGGUUAAAGAAAUCAGUGCAAAACAGAAAGCUCUGGAGGCCCAAAAUCAAGAAGGAGAGAUGAAGUCUAAGCUUAAGCAUAGGAGGCCCAAACCCAGUACUAAACCCAACAAUUUCCCUAAAUUUAUCAAUACCAGUAGAAAAGUGCAAAAUGUAGCGCCGGCAAUCGAUGUGAACAACGUUUUAAAUCCCACACAUUCUCCCUCCAAACCAAUGGAUUUGAGUCUUAAGAAACAGAGAAGCUUUGAAACAUCUGACGGUGUUAUAGAAGUUGAUUCAACUUCAAAACCUAAGGAGCUUGAUGGUAGCAAAAACCCCUCUACAAUUCCUGUUAAAGAGAAAAGUAGCACAUCUAACCCUAUUCAGCGAGUCGCUAAUUCCAUUACAUCGGUGCCUGUACCAAUUCCUAUAAAACAUCCAUCGAUCCUACGCGAGAAAACGCGACCCAACAUCCUCUCACGCUCACAGAUCACACCAGUGUCUCCAGUCAAAGAUCCUCUUGUAUCUAACGUGUCUAUUCCUCAAGUGAUCCCUCUGGUCAACACCAUGGUACCAUGUAAUCAAAUCUUAACUCUAAGCAAGCCUCUUCAGCCAGUUGGCAUCGCAUCACUUGGGCCACAGCAGUCAACCACACCAGGUGUAGCAUCAGUGUGCAUAUCAGUGCCUGCAAUGCCUCAGCCACUCGGAGUAAAAAAUCCCCUUCCGAUGUUGCAGCCUCAGUUUAUCAACAUUUCAAACAGCCCUGUGAAGGUUAACACACACGUUGAAUCUAUCAACCUUCCAAACAUCGCCAAGGUCAUAUCUCUGGUUCCACCGGUUAACAGUCUGGUAGUACCACAGCAGGUUGUGCUUAAACAGAUAGACACUACAUCAGCUGUCCAGGCACAGCCCACCUCCGAGCAUCAGCAGAAACCUCAUCCUCUUUCAGAGGAAAGAGAGGCAGGUGAGAUUCAACCCAAGGAUUUAACCAAACAACCCGCAGGAGGAGAUGUGGUGACUACAUCCAACCAACAUGGAUCGGAUAGGAAGAAUCAAGAGGACAGCGAUGAUCCAGAAGAUGAAAAUCUAAUGUCUUUGCUAGAUGAACUUGUUCUUCUCAGUCAGCAGUUAAGCAAUGACUCCCCCGAACCAACAAAUGAAGAUCCGGGUGAGGAAAGCUUACAGUCUGAGCAUCAGGAAGAUACAGACCGGGAUGAUGAUCGAGCACUAAGCCCCUUAUUCCUAACGCUCGAUGAGGACCUAAUGUCUCCGGACUCCUCGAAAGAUGAAAUUGAUGAUAUCCCACCCAAAGUAGAUGACUUGGUCAAAGUCAUAUUUGGGUCCGAUUCACCAGUUUCGUCUGAAUCUGGGGUUACAAACGUUCAUAGUCCACAACCUCCAACAUCCAUUGCAAGUGAUGGUCUCAUUCCACCUCCUCUAUUGCACAUGAAAGCUGCAAGCGGGGGCGUUUCGGUUCACCCCACCAGCGAAGAGGUGACGUGGCGGCCGAUGCCUAAACUGGUUCCUUUAGGGUUAAAGACUCAGGAUGCCGUUGUAAAUAAAGUGACUGGUUCGGACUGAAAGGCGCAUGAUGUUUAGACACCCCCCAAUCGAUGAACUGGAUAUAGCUGCUGCUCACUUUAACAUGCCUAUGGACAAAGUAGGAGGUUUUUUAUGUAUUUAUUAUCUUAAAAGUCCUGUUGGGCCUCUGGAAUUUCCAAAGAAGCUUUCUUUUUGUUUAUUAUUGACCAGCAGGUUAACUGUAAUUUGACAGCAGGUUGCUGUGUCCAUAAAUAAAAAGCUGAUUUUGUAGAUUUGUACUCAUCCUGGCAGUUGUAGUUAUUGUUGUGGAAGCCGUUAACUUAUUUUAACCUCCAUAUUGGAGCACACCUAGAGUCCAUUUUAACGAAAAAUAAGCAUCUGUAUCUUUAAACAUAGGAAAAAUGUUUUGUUAGCGCAUAACGUUAAGGAAACUGUGUGAAGGUGAUACUGCUCCUAAUGGUCCGCAUUGGGCAUUAGGUGGAUUUCUGGGUGACCUUUAUCAGGAAUAAUUGAAUUUGCCCAGUGACUUUUAACAUAAGAAGCGUUUCACCCUUGACUUUAUCUGUUAAUGACCAUACACAAAUGUCAUUGUCUUGGCAUCUAGCUGAAUCAUGCAUCAUUAAUUAGGCUUUAUAAAAUUAAUGCAUAUUCUAAUUUCUAUAUAUAUAUAUAUAUAUAUAUAUAUAUAUAUAUAUAUAUACUUGUUGUGAGGGCCUUAAAUAUUUAAUAUGUCGGAUAUUGAUAAGAAAACAUUUCGCUAUUAGAGGAACGUAAGUAGCAAUACCGGCAUUAAAACGGUGCACCAUCUUUGAUUUUAACAGUGUCUGACGCACUGCAGUUUUGUUUUUGUGUUUCCCAGUUAGCUUUUAUAAGUAUUCAAAGCAUUUUAUGUACAUUUAUGACAUUUGAAAUGACUGUAAACAAAAACCUCAACUUUCUGUUUGUGCUUUGGCAUUGUAAAAGGGUUUUAAUGUUAUUAAACCGCAAUUGUUAAGUGUUUAUUAAGGUGGUUGACUGCGAGGCAGCCCAAAGUUUGAUCAUAAGAAAUUUAGUAUCCCUAUGCAAUUUUUCAUGUUUGGUGUAGGAAUAUAUAUCUGGAGGAAAUGAGUACACUAAAGCUUUGUAGGAAAACAGGCUGGAUAACAUAAGAUGCAAUGUGUUGUUUUAUAUAUUUUAUGCUACACUGGUUUAUUUUGUAAAUUAGUUUGCAUUUUGUUAUGUGUAUAUUGUAUUGGUGUUACAGAUUUCUUGGACAUUGUAAAUAUGUAAUAUGUACUACUUUGCAGACUGCUAUACUGUUUAAAAAUACUUAUUUUUUAUAUGCUAUAAGUCAGUGCGCUCUCAUCUUUUUUUGUGAAAGGGAUAGGAUGCUGUAUUUACAUUUAAGUCAAUAAAAAAUGUGUGAAAAGA